AUGGACGUAUCGAAAACUAUUCAUUACAUAAAGUGUUUAAAUAGAACAGAUUUGAUUAAAUUUCUUAGAGAAGAGAAUUAUACUGUUGUAGCAGAUAUCUUACGACUAAGAGAUAUCGACGGAAUAAGAUUUUUGGAGUUAAACGAACUAGAUCUGGUUCAAUGGCGAUUAAAUCCCAAACAAAAAAAGUUAAUAUUAGAAUGUCGAGACCAAUUGAUAGGUAAAAUAACACCACAGACAGUAAACAAGCCACCUCUAGCAAUGAAACCGGCACAAUUAUUGAGACCGAGAGUAAGUUCUGAUAAUGGAAAAAUUGCUGACCUUCAAUCUAAACUACAGUUGGAGAAUAAAAUAUUUAAUGUUACUACACAAACACAUACUAAAAGUAAAGUUCUUUCAAAAACGAAUAAACAAAACCUCAACGAUGAUGUCGAUUAUGAUCAUUACAUGCAUAUGAUGCAAGAUAAUGCUUCAGCACCUUCAAGACCUGUUAAAAAUAUGAAUGUAAAUGUUAUAUCAAACAAAAAUAUGCCCAGUCAAUUUCCUCAUAUGAUGCAAAAUACUCAAAAAAAGGUAGUUAAAUCUAUGUCUCCUAUAAAUCCUAGCGAAUUAGGCACAAAGCCUUUAAAUAAGUAUUAUAAUGAAAGUCAGCGUUCAUUACCAACACCACCACAAUUAUUAUCAUUACCGAUCCAAAAUAGACAUUUCAAUAGAGGCAUUCAGGACAAUGAAGAAAAUUAUGAAAAUCCUGACGAUAUUAAAUCUGAAAGGUUUGAAGAUCAAGAUAUUUAUGAAGAUCCAGACACUGGUAAAAAUAAGAAAACACUAGAUCAAAUAUUAGCCUCAAGCAUCACACAAAAUCUUAAAAUGUAUGAGGAUAAUUAUGAAGAUCCAAAUGUUAUUGAAAAUGGCAGAAUUAUAGCUAACAGAAUGCCUGCAUUACCAAAAAGACCUUUUAGUUUUCCAAAAAAUAAAAGCAACUUUGAAGAAAGCGAUUAUGAAGAACCUGAAGGUAUAAGCAAAAAUCAAAUUAAUAAAAUGCACCAACUCAACGAUGUGAGGCCUCAAAGAUCAACACAGUCAUUUUCAAAUUUAAAUAAACCUAGUGCAGGAAAUAAAUUUCAAGAUGAGACAUAUGAACAACCAGAUGAAGUUCGUAAAAAUCCAAAAAUAAUGCCUACAUUUAAAAAACCUCUCAAUUUCUCCCAAAACAGAAUUCAAGAUGAGCUUUAUGCAGAUCAAAAGUUUCUGUCUGAAAGUUUGAAAAAUCGUAUGCAUCCAUCAGAACUAAUAAUGAAACAUCCAACUCCAAAGAAGACACAAAUUUCUAGUGAAAAUGAUACCUAUGAAGAUCCAGAUAUGGUGAGAGGAAAUUAUUUUGGCAAAAAUACUAUAGAGAGUCCUGAAGAGGAAGAUUAUGAAAUCCCACUUGAGCAAAAACAAAUUCAAAAUCAAAAGACUGGCCUUAUGAGUAAACGUCUGCCACCAUUACCUGCUAAAUCUUUUGCUGAAGAUGGACUUCCGGCCGUUCCACCAAAACAUAAAGAUGUAGCUCGUAAACGCUCAGAAAAUGACUCUCUCAAAAACGAGCCUUACUUAAGGGAUUUGAGAUAUUCUCAUAAACAGGACCUGCCUCCAGUACCUUGUGGAUAUGAUAAUCACCGUUUAUCGAAAAAAACUAAUAUGAGCUUAAUGAAAAUAAACUCGUCUGAUGUUACUAGGUCUUCAGCCAUACGCCAAAUUCGAACUAAUGUUUGUUGGGAUGGUUCGUUACCCUCACCUCCUCUACCAUUUAUAUCAACAUUGCCAGAGAAAAAAUGUGACAUUUGGAAUUCAUUCGAUCAAUCAGGUUUCCCUACGCCUCAAAAGUUUGAAUGCAAAUUUAAACAUGCCGAUAGUGCCAUGAGAAUGUAUGUUGAAGGAGAAGAACAUAGAAUAUCUUCUGAAAACUCUAAUCCAAACGAUUUUCCCUUCUUCAGAAACACAGACAGAAUCGGUGGUCGGCAAUUAUUAGAAAGAAUCAAAAACAUACAGAAUGGUGCCUUUUUGAUUCGCAAAUCCAAAGAAUUUUUUUUGGUUAUAACAAUGUUCCAUGAAAACCGCUUUUAUAACGUUGGUAUUGAUAAAAACGAUGACGGUUCAAUUUAUUGUAAAACUAUCAAGAAUGAGGAACCGAAAAGUUUCAAAACAUUGUAUCAAUUUGUCGAGUAUUAUAAAAGCCAUCCUUUAAGUGUGACCACAAAGGGAACUGUUAUUAAUAUUUAUUUAAUUGAACAAUUACCUCCUGAAAUUUUUUGAGAAUAAUCUACAUUAUGUUUAUUCUACCAAAUAAAUUAAGUUUAUGAACGCUUUACAUCUCCUAUUAGAGGCAAGUCAUUAAAACAUAUUUUUCCUAAAAUGUACUGGUUUU